GCAGAGCAGGCGCAGCUCCGUACAGAACAGCGAAACACACAACAGUCACCCGAAGCAAACGGUUCGAGACGUGUUCGUUCAAGAUCAGAGCGUUGACUUAACGGUGCGUCGCUGAUUAAAUAUGUACAUGCAUAUGUAUACAUGUGUGUGCAAGUGCAAGUGAGAUGGCAGCUAGCAAGACCAGAGAGACCAGAAAUCCCAAAGAGCGCGAGCAAUGAAGCGUUUUUAGACACCCGUCGCUGCUGCAUAUAUUUACACAACAAUUGCAAUUAGAAAUUUAUAUAAAUUAAAAAGUAUUAAACGAAAGAAAAAUCUGUCAUCCCAGUGAAGCAAAACAAAACAAGUGAUUGGAAUAAAUUUGCAAAUAAAGUGGAAUCGAAUCGGAAAAAAGCCAAGUGUUCGCGGAGCAACGAAGAUCCAAAACAAAAAGAGAAUUGGAAGGUAGACGCUCCCCACUUGGACUCAGUGCCGCGUAAGAGAUUGCUCGGAGCAGGCUUCGUUCGGAGUAAGAGUCGCGAACAAUAAUAAUAGACCAAAACAACAACCACUACCGUCUCGGAAUUGGAGCUAGAAGAACAAUAUGACAUCACGUCUGCGUCACUGUGCCCGUCUGGGCAUCAUCUUGCUGGGGAUCUGUUCCAUUGCCGGCGGCAUUUAUCUAUUUCGCAAUUGGAUCGAGAUGUUUACACGCAUGCGCGGCAAGGAAAUGGCGCUCAGUCCCACAUCACGUUCCUUCGAGGGCUGGAAGGUCUCACCACUGCCACUGAAUUUUGACGUUUACAUUUUUAAUUGGACAAAUCCGGAGGACUUUUAUGUGGGUUCCAGCAAGAAGCCAAACUUCCAGCAACUGGGACCCUACCGGUUUCGGGAGCAGCCCGACAAAGUGAACAUUGAGUGGCACAAUCAAAAUGCUUCCGUUUCGUUUCGCAAGAAAUCUGUCUUCUACUUUGAUGCCGCUGGCAGCACCGGCAGCCUCACGGAUGUCAUCACCCAAGUGAAUUCCGUGGCCCAUGCAGCGGCUAGACGUGCAGCCGACUCCUGGCUGGGCAGAGUCAGCGUCAAUAUGGCCAUCAGAAUGUAUGACCAACGCCUCACCAUAACACGAUCAGCCGAUGAGUGGCUCUUCAAGGGUUUCGAGCACCCGUUCAUCAGUUUGGGCAAGCUGCUACGACCGGAGGAUGUGCCAUAUACUCGGAUUGGUUAUCAGUAUCCCAGGAAUGGCAGCUCCGAGUUCGAUGGCGAUAUAAACAUGUUCACGGGCGCCGACGACAUCUCGAAGAUGGGACAAAUCUACACGUGGAAUAAUCUAACGCAUACGGGCGCCUUUCCCGGCGUCUGUGGUCAAGUCAGGGGCUCAAUGGGCGAGUUCUUUCCACCCAAUUUGAGCACCAACGACACCGUGUACAUGUACAUGCCGAAAAUGUGUCGAGCCGUGCCCUUGGACUACACGGAAACGGUGACAGUGCAUGGCAUAACCGCCUACAAGUACAGCGGCACACAGCGUGCCGUGGACAAUGGCACCCUCUAUCCGGACACGAGUUGCUAUUGCGUCGGCGGCACGUGCCUGCCCGUUGGCGUCAUCGAUGUUGGACCCUGUGCCUUCAAUGCCUCGGUUUAUAUGUCAUUUCCACACUUCUACAAUGGCGAUCCCAGCUAUGUGGAGGCGGUGGAGGGCCUGAAGCCCGAGCGGGAGAAGCACGAGUUCUUCAUGACGCUGGAGCCGAAUGCCGGUGUGCCCAUGGAUGUGGGCGGUGGCUUCCAGGCCAACUACUACAUGGAACCCGUCAAGGGCAUAGAUCUCUACGAUAAAGUGCCGAGCGUUAUGCUGCCCAUGAUGUGGUGCGAGGAGCGGGUGCGCGUGUCGGAGGAGAUUGCCGCCGAUAUAGCGCUGGUGCCGCUCAUUGUCCUGCUCGGACAGAUUGUCACUGGCAUACUGCUCGCGGGCGGUCUCAUCUGCACCUGCUGGUACCCCACGCGACAGGUGACGCACUUCUGCCAGGGUGAUCCCAAGGCCAAGGCGAGUGUCCUGCGACCGCUGACCACAUUUGGUGUGAAUACAGCGCCCGCCACUGGGCCCGUGUCGCAGUUGUUCCGCCACAACACGAGUGCUGGCGGCAACGAGCGUGUCGGAGUCCGUCUGCUGGACUACAGACGUGACUCAGGGCUGCAGGAGCAGCAGGCGGGGAACCGCAACAACAGCGAGAACUCUCCGAGGGAGCGACUGAUCAGUGAAUCGUCGCCCGAUGUGAUAGUUAGAUAAUACAUCGUUUCGGCUCACGCAUUCCCGGCGUUGCCCACGCCACCAUCAAGCAUUAAGCAUGAUCUGAGACUCAUUUUCAUUAUCGUAUCCCUAGCUUAGUAGAGUUAUAAAACUGAAUGAUACAGCCAUUUUGCCUUAGCCAAGCCACGUCGCCUGGCCUCUAUAUCCUCUCACCUUCUUUCGCAUCACAUUACAUUAAAUCCCAUUCGCAUUAGGAGUUCCCUCAACAUAUCUGUGCAUACGGCCGGACAGCGCGAGAGAGAGAUUAAUAAGAUUAUUUAUUUUAGUGCCAAAAAGAAAAAGAGAGAAGCAGAGAACCCAAACAAAAGUCAUUAACUAUUUUAGUAGGUUAAAAACUAAACUAAAUUAAAAUGUAAAUACAGUCCCCCGAUCAUCACCCAUGGCCCCCAAUUUGUUGGAAGUUGA